GCAGCCGGGCAGACAGGAUUUGAAGCUUGCUCCCAGUCUUUCCCUCCGGUUUUCUAGCCAUCAGAAACACAAAGAUACUUACACUUGUAAACAGUUCAGCCUUGUUCAGUGUGGUCGCACUCAACCUUCCCUCCUCAGUUGAGAGCCCCUCACCGCCUUCCCGGCUCGUUAAUUUCUUGGAUGCCCUCCCAAUGUUCCUGAUGUUAUGGGACUCAUUGUAGCCUCUACUCAACCCGCUCAGGAGGGAUAGGUUUCACCAAGCCUAGUAUUACAGCUGAAGAAACUGAGGCUUGGAGAGGUUCUCUCCAGGUCGUGCAGCUUGUACAAUUAACCCUUCUAAGCCAAUUCUAGUUUUCCAGUCCAGCCCAGCAGCCUCGCCUCACGCCCUUCGACUGCAUUUUUAAUAUCAGAUUUCCCCUGUUGUGUACGAGAUCCUUUCCCCCUUCUAGACCACAGGCAGAAAGAUCGUCUCCAGCUGAUAGGGCUGCGAAGUGGGGAGCCGAGGGGAAGGGAGAAUUUCUUGAGGUUCCAGCGGUUGGGUGGGCAGAGUUCCGGUGCGCAGACUCCCCGGCACAAAGCCGGGUUCGAGACCGGGCUUACCAAGGACGGUAAGGCAGGAUGUGGCAAAAGGGAUCAAGUGCUCCAGGGACCUGUGUCUCGCCGCUAGAACGCCGACCACGGAGCGGGACUUCUAUCUAUCCUCCGGGUCUCCGCCCAGCCUGCCUCCGGAGCCGGUACCACAGAGGGGCCCACCAUGGUGUUCCCGGGACCCCUGGCUGUCACAUUGCUGCUAGUGCACCUCGCCAGCUCCCAGGAUGUCGCCGGUGAAGCCAGCGGUGAGCAGCAGCUGUGCUCCCUGAGGGAACACCCCAUCGUGGCCUUUGCAGAUCUGAAGCCAUGGGUCUCUAACUUCACCUACCCUGGAGCCCAAGAUUUCUCCCAGCUCGCUCUGGAUCCUUCCAGAAACCAGCUCAUCGUGGGAGCCAGGAACUACCUCUUCAGACUCAGCCUUGCCAAUGUCUCCCUCCUUCAGGCCACAGAGUGGGCCUCCAACGAGGACACGCGCCGCUCCUGCCAAAGCAAAGGGAAGACCGAGGAGGAGUGUCAGAACUACGUGCGAGUCCUGAUUGUCACUGGCCGGAAAGUGUUCAUGUGUGGGACCAAUGCCUUUUCCCCAGUGUGCUCCAGCAGACAGGUGGGGAACCUCAGCCGGACGGUGGAGAAGAUCAAUGGUGUGGCCCGCUGCCCCUAUGACCCACGCCACAACUCCACUGCCGUCAUCUCCUCUCAGGGGGAGCUCUAUGCUGCCACGGUCAUCGACUUCUCAGGUCGGGACCCCGCUAUCUAUCGCAGCCUGGGCAGCCGGCCACCACUUCGCACCGCCCAGUAUAACUCCAAGUGGCUUAAUGAGCCAAACUUUGUUGCAGCCUAUGAUAUCGGGCUGUUUGCGUACUUCUUCUUGCGGGAGAACGCAGUGGAGCACGACUGUGGACGCACUGUGUACUCUCGGGUGGCCCGCGUGUGCAAGAACGAUGUGGGGGGCCGCUUCCUGCUGGAGGACACUUGGACCACGUUCAUGAAGGCCCGGCUCAACUGCUCCCGCCCGGGCGAGGUCCCCUUCUACUACAAUGAGCUGCAGAGCGCCUUCCACCUGCCCGAGCAGGACCUCAUCUACGGGGUCUUCACCACCAAUGUAAACAGCAUCGCUGCGUCUGCUGUCUGUGCCUUCAAUCUCAGUGCCAUCUCCCAGGCUUUCAAUGGCCCCUUUCGCUACCAGGAGAACCCCAGGGCUGCCUGGCUCCCCAUCGCCAACCCCAUCCCUAAUUUCCAGUGCGGCACCCUGCCGGAGGUGGGCCCCAAUGAGAACCUGACGGAGCGCAGCCUGCAGGACGCACAGCGCCUGUUCCUGAUGAGCGAGGCUGUGCAGCCGGUGACACCGGAGCCUUGCGUCACCCAAGACAGCGUGCGCUUCUCACACCUCGUGGUGGACCUUGUGCAGGCCAAGGAUACGCUCUACCACGUGCUCUACAUCGGCACCGAGUCGGGCACCAUCCUGAAGGCACUGUCCACGACGAGCCGCAGCCUCCGCGGUUGCUACCUGGAGGAGCUGCACGUGCUGCCCCCCGGGCGCCGGGAGCCACUGCGCAGCCUGCGCAUCGUGCACAGCGCCCGCGCGCUCUUCGUGGGGUUGAGCGACGGCGUGCUGCGCGUCCCGCUGGAGAGGUGCGCCGCCUACCGCAGCCAGGGGGCCUGCCUGGGGGCACGGGACCCGUACUGCGGCUGGGAUGGAAAGCAGCAACGUUGCAGCACUCUCGAGGACAGCUCCAACAUGAGCCUCUGGACCCAGAACAUCACAGCAUGUCCUGUGCGAAAUGUGACUCGGGAUGGGGGCUUCGGCCCAUGGUCACCAUGGCAACCAUGUGAGCACUUGGAUGGGGACAACUCAGGCUCUUGCUUGUGUCGGUCCCGAGCCUGUGACUCCCCUCGACCCCGCUGUGGGGGCCUCGACUGCCUGGGGCCAGCCAUUCACAUUGCCAACUGCUCCAGGAAUGGGGCAUGGACACCGUGGUCGUCUUGGGCCCUGUGCAGCACCUCCUGUGGGAUCGGAUUCCAGGUCCGCCAGCGAAGCUGCAGCAACCCUGCGCCGCGCCACGGGGGCCGCAUCUGCGUGGGCAAGAGCCGGGAGGAGCGGUUCUGUAACGAAAACACGCCUUGCCCGGUGCCCAUCUUCUGGGCAUCCUGGGGCUCCUGGAGCAAGUGCAGCAGCAACUGUGGGGGCGGCGUGCAGUCGCGCCGCCGGACCUGUGAGAACGGCAACUCCUGCCCGGGCUGCGGCGUGGAGUUCAAGACGUGCAACCCUGAGGCCUGCCCCGAAGUGCGGCGCAACACGCCGUGGACGCCGUGGCUGCCGGUGAAUGUGACCCAGGGCGGGGCGCGGCAGGAGCAGCGUUUCCGCUUCACUUGCCGUGCGCCGCUGCCCGACCCCCACGGGCUGCAGUUUGGCCGGAGGAGGAUGGAAACCCGAACCUGCCCCGCGGACGGCUCAGGAGCCUGCGACACUGACGCCCUGGUGGAGGAUCUCCUGCGCAGCGGGGGCGCCUCCCCGCUCAUGGUGAGCGGGGCCUGGGCCGCCUGGGGCCCAUGGUCCUCCUGCUCCCGGGACUGUGAGCUGGGUUUCCGCGUCCGCAAGAGAACAUGCACGAACCCCGAGCCCCGAAACGGGGGCCUGCCCUGCGUGGGUGAUGCCGCCGAGUAUCAGGACUGCAACCCGCACGCUUGUCCAGUGAGGGGUGCCUGGUCUUGCUGGACCUCUUGGUCCCCGUGCUCUGCCUCCUGCGGUGGCGGCCACUACCAACGCACCCGUUCCUGCACCAGCCCUGCACCUUCCCCCGGCGAGGACAUUUGUCUCGGGCUGCACACGGAGGAGGCGCUGUGUGCCACAGAGGCCUGCCCAGAAGGCUGGUCGCCGUGGUCUGAGUGGAGUGCAUGCACUGAGGACGGAGUGCAAAGCCGUGACAGGCACUGUGAGGAGCUGGUCCCUGGGCCCAGCGCUUGUGCUGGAAACAGCAGCCAGAGCCGCCCCUGCCCUUACAGCGAGAUUCCCGUGAUCCUGCCUGCCUCCAGUGUGGAUGAGGCUACCAGCUGUGGAGGGUUCAGUCUCAUCCACCUGGUGGCCACAGGUAUCUCCUGCUUCCUGGGCUCUGGGCUGCUGACCUUGGCGGUGUACCUGGCCUGCCAGCAUUGCCAGCACCAGUCCCAGGAGUCCACGCUCGUCCAUCCCGCCACCCCCAACCACCUGCACUACAAGGGUGGGGGCACCCCCAAGAAUGAGAAGUACACGCCCAUGGAAUUCAAGACCCUGAACAAGAAUAACCUGAUCCCUGAUGACAGAGCCAACUUCUACCCGUUGCAGCAGACCAACGUGUACACAACCACCUACUACCCAAGCCCACUGAACAAACACAGCUUCCGGCCUGAGGCCUCACCUGGACAACGGUGCUUCCCCAACAGCUGAUAUCACUGUCCAGGGGACUUGGGCUCCUUGCCUUCCAAAGGCACAGAGCAGGUGGAGAUGGGACGGUGGAGCCAGUUUGGUGUUCUCCCUCUGCAGUAGGCCAGAAACUUGCUGCCUUGCCUUGCCAGGGGUCCCAUCCGGCUUCAGAGAGCUCUGGCUGGCAGUGACCAUGGGGGAGAGGGCUGGCUUCAGGCUGGCACGUGGCUGCGGUUCUGGCUCAGCCCAGGUCUCUCAUGGCCUGCUUGCAACCCACCAUCAUGCUGAUCUCCCCUGCCAUGUCUGGGCUGUGGACCUGCUAGGCAUGUGAGGGAAUUGGAGAGUGAGACAUCAGGAAGGCAGGCUCUUAGGUUUGGGUUGGAAAUGAUGGCCUGUGUGGCUCUCAUGGGCUGAGUCUGCCCCUCUCUGGCUGGCCCCAGGAAGGGCCUGGGCCACAUCCCGAUUAUCUUGGAAAGAAACUAAUCUAAUGGCCCUAAUAGUUCUGGAUUCUCUGCCCAGGGCUGGGCCAUUGUGGUGCUGCCCCAGUAUGACAUGGGGACCAAGGCUGGCCCAGGUUGUCCACCUUCUCCUAGCAGUCUGAACAUGGCCCAGGGACGUCCCUCUGGUCAGAGGCAGUGGGAACUGGGGGCUGGAGGCUGAUCUUUGCUGAGAAGUCCUUUAAUCUGGGCUGGCACAUCCCUCAGCCUUUCCUUCAGAGUGCACUGCACGAAUGGUAGCCCAGGGGCAAGGGAGGCGGGAGUCCAGCCCCCAUGCUGCUCUGGAGACUGCCUUCCAGUUGCUGCUUGAUGUAGCUGUUGGCUGAGACCUGCUUGGGAGUCUGUGCUGGCCCCUCAUCUGUUCAGGAACACACACACACACGUACACACACAAUCACAAUCUGCUACAGCAACAAAAAGGAUGUUAGGCUGUGGCAUGAUUAAUUAAAGAUGAUACCCAGUCUCCAAAUGUAACGUUGUCUUCGUGCAUAUGUUUGUGGGCUCUUCUUGGCAUGGUCUGAUCAAUUAGGGCAAUGCACUGGGGUGACAGAUGAUAUUCUCACGGUGGGGCAGAUGACCCAGGUAGAGUUUGACUUUAAUAGAGGAUAACUUGCCAUUUGUGAAUAAAUCUCCACACACAUGUUGCCCUAAACCCUUGUUGGAAAAGAGGUUACAGAUAAACAAAUUCACAAGUAGGGACACAAAGAAAACUCAAGGCAGUCCAACAGGAAAUUUCUGCCUGUUCCCUUAGCAGCGCUAUCAGGCUCCACAGUGGAAAUAUCUGAGUCCAGCAGGGGAGUAUUAAUGAGGGGUAUUUUAUGAGGUAUUUACACUGCUGAGUUUAAUAAAUCAAAAUUGACUGAGACAUGAGUAAGCCUGUGAGGUGGGGGAAGCCUGCUGUAGUUUUUGCCGGAUUAAAUCAAAAUAGCCUCAAAGUCUCAGCCCAGGAAAUCAGUGCUUCCAUUUUGGAUGAGACUGAUGGACAUGUUAAAUUUAGAGAGCAAUUUCCUGACUUAAUUGGCUGGAUCAAUUCUUACAGGAUUCCCGGCAAAGUCUACUUGUAGGUUAGGCUGUAAAGUGUGAGAUCCUGGGGAUAGAUGAGGCAGAGAAUCUUGGGGAGGAGAGGAGGAGGAAGAAAAGAGCAUUCCGGGCCCGCGUGUCUUGGCGACCUUUGUGCUCACUGGGACAAGGGCAACAGGAGACCUUUGUGCUCACCGGGACAAGGGCAACAGGAGACCUUUGUGCUCACCGGGACAAGGGCAACAGCAGUGGCCUCAGGCUGGGGUGGAGCCCAGUCAGAGCUCAGGGCACAUACGAGGAUUUCUGGGGAUCCCCAAAUCCCUUGAACUGGGGAUUCCUCACUGGGUUCCUGCUCACCCUGUGAAUGCGGAGCUUGUAGGGGUCUGUGCUAGAUCUUGGGGUUUUGGAUUCCCUUGGACUUCAUAGGGACAGGGAGGUUCAAGAGUGUUCCAGGGCCCAGGGUGCCUGCUUCACAGGGGUCACUCAUAUGUGCCUGGUACUGUUCAGGUCUGGAGGAAGUAGUCAUGGAGAAUUCCUGUGGCAUGCCCAGCCACUGUGACUGGAAUGGCAACAGUGGGAGGUAAACCCAUGUGUGUCAUGGCAAAAUAUGUGCCAUGACACUUGCAUGCACACACACACACAUACACACACUGAAUUCUUUGUUCAUAAAACCUGUUGUGUUUUUGGAGGCAUGACCAUUCAUAACUCUGGAAAGGAUCCACACUGCAUGCAAUGAGCUUGCAUGGAUGGCACAGGCUACUUCAUAGGCUGGCCCAGAACUGAGGAAACCAGAAAUGUGCUCCCUGAUAAGGAGGGUGUGAUGCUCUCUGGCAGGUGCUUGAGGCCACAUGGAUGGCUGCAUGGUGUCAGGGAGCUAAAGUGUGAAAGAAAAAGGGGCUUCACUGGCUCAGCUGGCCCAGCUAGAACCUCCAGCAAGAGGGAGGAAGAUGCCAGGUUGGGUGCUCCAAGC